GAAAUUGAUCAACCUAGAUAAAAUAGCAGAAGAGAGCUGUGAGAGGAAACAAAAAAAAAAAAAUUGAAGAAAAAAAAACCGCCAUUGAAAUGAUGAAGCAAAGCUCAUCGGAGGCAGUGUCAUCGUCUUCUUCAUCAGCCGCCGCGGACCAAUCUCAUCCCUCCGUUUCUUCAUCUUCAUCGGAGAAGCCUCUCUCGUCGUCUUCGAUUUCUCCAGCGGAAGACCUUCAGGUUGGAUCGUCGAGAGAUGGAAGCGGAGGUGCGCAAGAGAUCGUAGCCGUCGAUCGGCCAGGAGAGUACACGGCGUUGUGUAGAUGGACGGUUGAGAGCUUCCCACGUGUUAAAGCUAAGGCACUGUGGAGCAAGUACUUCGAUGUAGGAGGCUACGAUUGUCGUCUCCUUGUUUACCCUAGAGGUGAUUCUCAGGCUCUUCCUGGUUACAUCAGCAUCUAUCUUCAGAUCAUGGACCCUCGUGGUACUACUUCUUCUCGUUGGGAUUGUUUCGCUAGCUACCGUCUCUCUAUCGUUAACCAUGUCGAUGAUUCUUUAACAAUCCAUAAGGAUUCUUGGCAUAGGUUCUCUAGUAAGAAGAAAUCUCAUGGAUGGUGUGAUUUCACCUUAAACUCUAGUAUUUUGGAUCCUAAGAUGGGUUUUUUGUUUAACAACGAUUCGUUGCUUAUCACUGCUGAUAUCUUGAUUCUAAACGAGUCUGUGAGCUUUAGCCGUGAUAGUAACAAUGAGGGCCAGUCGCUGUAUAAGGAAAAUUCCAUAGCUGGGCCAAUGCCGGAUGUGUUGAGUGGGAAGUUCACUUGGAAGGUAAAUAAUUUUAGUUUGUUUAAGGAAAUGAUUAAGACACAGAAGAUAAUGAGCCCUGUUUUCCCAGCUGGGGAGUGUAAUUUAAGGAUUAGUGUGUACCAGAGUGUGGUUAAUUCGCAAGAAUACAUUUCUAUGUGUUUGGAGAGUAAAGAGACCGAGAAGACUUUGGUUUCGGAUAGGAGCUGUUGGUGUUUGUUUAGGAUGUCAGCUUUGAAUCAGAAGCCUGGCUGCACUCACAUGCAUAGAGAUUCUUAUGGGAGGUUUGCUGCUGAUAAUAAGAGUGGGGACAAUACGAGCUUGGGCUGGAAUGAUUACAUGAAGAUGUCUGACUUUAUGAACCCGGAAGCUGGGUUUUUACUCGAUGACAUGGCUGUAUUUAGCACCUCAUUCCAUGUUAUCAAAGAGUUCAGUAGCUUUACUAAGAAUGGAGGGUUGGUUGGGGGAAGGAAUGGGCCUGGAGCUAGGAAGUCAGAUGGACACAUGGGAAAAUUCACUUGGAGAAUUGAAAACUUCACAAGGUUGAAGGAUCUUCUAAAGAAGCGGAAGAUAACAGGUCUUUGCAUAAAAAGUAAGAGGUUUCAAAUUGGAAACCGGGAUUGUCGACUUAUUGUUUAUCCCCGAGGGCAGUCCCAGCCACCAUGCCAUCUUUCUGUAUUUCUUGAAGUGACAGAUUCACGAAGCUCAAGUGAUUGGAGCUGUUUUGUUAGCCACCGACUAUCAGUUGUGAACCAGAGAUUGGAGGAGAAGUCGGUGACAAAGGAAUCUCAGAAUCGUUACUCGAAGGCUGCAAAGGAUUGGGGUUGGCGUGAAUUUGUGACACUUACUAGUUUGUUUGAUCAAGACUCUGGAUUUCUUGUUCAAGACACUGUUGUAUUCUCCGCUGAGGUUCUUAUCUUAAAAGAGACAUCUUUAACAAAAGAGUACGUGGAUGCGGAAUCAGCUAAUUCAGUUUCACAGAAUGAGAACAACGUAAAAAAAAGUUCAUUUACUUGGAAAGUGGAAAAUUUCUUAGCCUUCAAGGAAAUAAUGGAAACACGAAAGAUUUUUAGCAAAUUCUUUCAGGCUGGUGGGUGUGAACUCCGGAUUGGUGUAUACGAGUCCUUUGACACCAUAUGCAUAUAUUUAGAGAGUGACCAAUCUGCGGGUACAGAUGUGGACAAUAAUUUUUGGGUUAAGUACAAGAUGGGUAUUCUGAACCAAAAGAAUCCGACCAAAAGUGUGUGGAAGGAGUCAUCUAUAUGUACCAAGACAUGGAAUAAUUCUGUUCUACAGUUUAUGAAGGUGUCUGACAUGUUGGAGGCUGAUGCUGGGUUUCUUUUGCGUGACACUGUUGUUUUUGUGUGUGAAAUAUUGGAUUGUUGUCCUUGGUUUGAGUUUUCGGACCUAGAGGUAUUGGCUUCAGAUGAUGACCAAGAUGCCUUAACCACUGAUCCUGAUGAUAUUAUUGAUUCUGAGGAAAGUGAGGGCAUAAGCGGAGAUGAGGAAGAUACAUUCCGAGAUUUUCUUUCCCGAGCUGGAUUCCAUCUCACGUUCGGGGAGAAUCCUUCACAACCACAAGUUACUCUCCGUGAGAAGCUUCUAAUGGAUGCGGGUGCAAUUGCUGGGUUUCUUACUGGCUUGCGUGUAUAUCUUGAUGAUCCUACUAAAGUAAAGCGUUUACUUCUUCCAACUAAAAUAUCUUGUAAUGAUAGAAGCAAGCUAACAAAGAGUGAGGAAUCUUCACCCAGCCUGAUGAAUUUGCUGAUGGGUGUUAAAGUUCUACAGCAAGCAAUUAUUGAUUUACUUCUAGAUAUUAUGGUAGAGUGUUGCCAACCUUCAGAGGAAGGCUCUCACUCUGAGUCGUCUUUAACAAAAUGGCCGGAACAGUCUGAGGAGCUAUUGGGAUUGAUUGUGAAUUCACUUAAAACCCUUGAUGCGGCUGUUCCUCAAGGUUGUCCAGAGCCUAGACGACGACCAAACUCUGCUCAAAAGAUUGCUCUUGUUUUAGACAGAGCGCCCAAACAUUUGCAACCAGAUUUAGUUAGUCUGGUUCCAAAAUUGGUUGAGCAUUCAGAGCACCCCCUGGCUGCGUAUGCACUUAUUGAACGGCUUCAAAAGCCUGAAGCUGAACCAGCGUUGCGUGAACCAGUAUACAAUGCUCUUACCCAGUUAGAAUGUGACAGUGAAGUGUGGGAGCACUUACUUAUUCAGUCAUUUGAGCUUCUGAAUGACUCAAAUGAGGAAACGCUUGUGGCGGGCAUUCAUUUUACAUUUAAGACUGCCUCCCAGUGCCAACACCUACCUGAAGCCGUAAGUGCAGUGCGUGAACGGCUCAAAAAUCUGGGUGCUGAUAUGUCUCUUUGCGUCCUUGACUAUUUAAGUAAAACUGUACACAGUUGGCCUGAUAUUGCUGAAAUGAUACUUCGGGACAUCAAUACUGACGACAGUCCAGUUGGCAAUUUUGCAACAUUACCCUGCGGGACAUUUCUGAUUGGUGAAAAUGAGACUGCCUCCGAAAUGGCGGAUUUGAUGGAUGAACAUGAAUUCUAUGCAAAUAGGCAGUUUUUUGAUGUCUACAUUCUGCUGGAAAUGUUGUCCAUAUCGAGCCUAGCUGAAGAGGCAUCUCAAACGUUCGAAAGAGCUGUUGCUCGUGGAGCCAUUGUUGCUCAGGCUGUUGCCAUGGUCCUUGAAAAACAACGUGUUGAGGGCCCAGAUCAGAAUGCUACAAGUGGGGAAGCUUCUUUUAAGCAUCAAGAUCCUGUAUUGGAGGGAGAGGCUAGUGAGCAACCAGCCACUGGAGGGAUUGAUUUCAGGACAAUCCUUAAUCUUGCUGAGACAUUAACUCAUUCUAGAGAUCCUCAAGUGAGGGGAUUUGUGAAAAUGCUAUACACAAUAUUAUUCAAAUGGUUUCCGGAUCAGCCCUUUAGGGUUCAAAUGCUAAGGAGACUUGUAGAUAGAUUCACCAGCCCUACGAGUAGCAGCCACGAUUUAGACUUAGACUUGGAGAUUCUAGCUAUUCUGAUUUUUCAGGAGCAAGAGGUUGCUAGACCCGUUUUAGCCAUGCUGAAAAAGGCUGUGGAACAUGCAAAUAUUGACAGGGCAGCCCUGUGGCAUCAAUUGCGUGCAAACAAGGAAGAGCUUGUCCGGUUGAAGGAAGAAAAGAAGACGGAGAUUCAAUCUAUGACAAAGGAGAAAUUUAGCAUCACACAAAAAUUAAGUGAAUCUGAGGCUGCAAACACCCGUCUUAAGUCUGAAAUGAAAGCUGAGAUUGACCGCUUUGCUAGAGAAAAGAAGGAUCUGGUAGAACAGUUUCGGGAUGUAGAGAGUCAGCUGGAAUGGAUCCGAUCAGAACGUCAAGAUGAGAUAGAUAAGCUCUCGUCUGAGAAGAAAACUCUUUUGGAUCGCCUUCACGAAGCAGAGACGCAACUUGCUUUGCUAAAAACUCGAAAGCGUGAUGAACUUAAGAAGGUAGGAAAAGAGAAAAGUGCUCUAACUGAGAAGCUAAAGGUAACAGAGGCAGCUCGGAAAAGAUUUGAAGAAGAGUUGAAACGGUAUGCUACUGAAAAUGUAACUCGGGAGGACUUACGCAAGUCACUUGAGGAUCAAAUCAGGCAACUGACACAGACAGUAGGGCAGACAAAAGAAGAGAAACGGGAGAAAGAAGAUCAGAUUGCUCGGUGUGAAGCUUACAUUGAUGGAAUGGAAUCCAAACUCCAAGCUUUCCAGCAAUACAUCCACACACUAGAAUCCUCACUUCGAGAAGAGAUUUCAAGACAUGCGCCACUGUACGGUGCCAAUUUAGAGUCUCUAUCGAUGAAGGAACUGGACACAAUAGCUCGGAUCCAUGAGGAAGGGCUAAGACAGAUACAUGCCCUUCAACAACGUAAGGGACACACUUUAUCACAUGGUCUCCCUCAGGGUCACACACUUUACCCGACUACACCGCCUCAGCUUCCUCCAAUGGCGAUCGGUUUGCCACCUCAGCUUGUUCCUAAUGGUUCAGGGGUUCACUCAAACGGCCAUAUCAACGGUUCCGUCAGGCCUUGGUUUAGCCACCACACCUAAAAAAAAAAAUACGUCUUUUUUCCAUAGGAAGACUACGACAAAAGUAUGAUGGCCUCUUGAGUUUGUUUUUGAGGUAAAAUCAAUCAAUCAACAUCAUCAAUGUUUAAUUUUCCUUAUAUAUUUAUUUUUCUCUCAGAUUUUCUGGGGGUCUUAUUUUGGCUGUGGCUCAAAGUAGAAGAUUAAUAAAAAAUAGAGGGAUGGGAUACGUAUGCACAAAUUUCACUGUGAAAGAAAAAAAAAUGUUGUAAAAGCUGUUUUGGAAUCAACAGUUGCAAACAUGCAAAGAGCCUUCUGCUUCUCUUUGUUUUUUUUUUUUUUUGGCUCAUGUCUCUCAGAAUUCGGGUAUAAGCUAAGCUUGGGAGGAUUGCACUGA